AUGUCUGUCCAACCGGGGACAAGAGGGAAUAGCACCGAACUGAAAACGGGAAAGAGUUUAGCGGAAAAUCGACAACACGUGGAAAAGAGCAACAGCGGCGAAUUUCGUGACGAAAUAGUAGUACCUCCUAUCUCAUUGUCUACCACAUACAAACAAGAAAGACCUGGUGAACCGAAAGGACACGACUACUCAAGAGCGGGAAAUCCGUCGAGAGAUGUUCUACAGAAGUGCCUUGCAUCUCUUGAAGAUGGCAAGCACUGUGGGUAA